AUGAUUGAAGUGGUAGCGGAGCUGAGCAGAGGUCCUGUGUUUCUGGCAGGGGAGGCCCUGGAGUGUGUGGUGACCGUCACCAACCCCCUGCCGCCGACGGCCACUUCUGCGUCCAGUGAGGCUCUGGCCUGGGCCAGCGCCCAAAUCCACUGCCAGUUCCACGCCAGUGAGAGUCGAGUGGCAGUACCUCCGCCCGACUCCAGCCAGCCGGAUGCCCAGCCCGAGAGCCAGACUGUCUUUCUUCCACACCGAGGUGAGAGGGGUCAGUGUAUCCUUUCCACUCCACCGAAAAUCCUCUUCUGUGACCUGAGGCUAGACCCUGGAGAGUCCAAAUCGUACUCCUACAGCGAAGUGCUGCCUGUGGAGGGACCACCCUCGUUUCGGGGUCAGUCAGUCAAGUAUGUGUACAAACUGACCAUCGGCUGCCAGCGUGUCAACUCACCCAUCACUUUACUCAGGGUCCCUCUGAGGGUUCUUGUGCUCACUGGCCUCCAAGAUGUCCGGUUUCCCCAGGAUGAGGCUGUAGCCCCAUCCAGCCCAUUCCUGGAGGAGGACGAAGGUGGGAAGAAGGAUUCGUGGCUCACCGAGCUUGCUGGGGAGCGUCUCAUGGCCGCCACAUCCUGCCGCAGCCUCCAUCUGUACAACAUCAGUGAUGGCCGAGGAAAAGUUGGGACAUUUGGCAUCUUCAAAUCUGUAUACAGACUUGGCGAGGACGUGGUGGGGACCUUAAACUUAGGGGAAGGAGCUGUAGCUUGUUUGCAGUUCUCGGUGAGCUUACAGACGGAGGAGCGUGUGCAGCCUGAGUACCAGCGGCGUCGUGGGGCCGGAGGUGCCCCCUCGGUGUCCCACGUCACUCAUGCCCGGCACCAAGAGUCCUGCCUACACACGACCAGAACCAGCUUCUCUCUCCCCAUCCCUCUCAGCUCCACCCCAGGCUUCUGCACAGCCAUUGUGUCCUUGAAGUGGCGUUUGCAUUUUGAGUUUGUCACCUCCCGAGAACCUGGUUUGGUGCUCCUACCUCCCAUGGAGCAGCCCGAGCCCACCACCUGGACGGGGCCUGAGCAAGUGCCCGUGGAUACCUUCAGCUGGGACCUGCCCAUCAAGGUGCUGCCGACAAGCCCUACGCUGGCCUCCUACGCGGCCCCCGGCCCCAGCACCAGCACUAUAACCAUCUGA